AUUCAUUUCUUACUUUCUCAUCGAAAACCAUCGGUUUCAAUUCAGUUUUUCCAACUGUUUCUUUCCUUAUUAUCGCUUUAUAUAUUACUUGUUAUUUCAAUUCGGUUUCCGGCUUCAACACCAAUAGCCAUCAUAAAUACAUCUCCUUCGUUGUCAAAAAAAAAAAAAUACAUCUCCUUCCUUACAUGGCAAUCAACGAUCUAUGGAACGAAAGGUUUCAUCGUGCUGUUUUGGCCGCGACUGCAAACGCCGGAGGGCCAAUUUACGACACUGAUGGUGAUGUCAUAAUUGGAGGAAGUUACUAUGUUCUCCCUCGCAUCUGGGGUGCUGCAGGUGGCGGCCUGAAUCUCGCCCCCCGUGGUGACAACCAAUGUCCCCUCUUUAUCGGACAGGAGCCUUCAGAGGUCAACAAGGGCAUUCCCGUAAGAUUCUCAAACUGGAGGUCUAGAGUUAGGUUCGUUCCUGAAUCAAUGAAUCUUAACAUAAAGAUGGAUGUCAAAGCUACGGUCUGCGUUCAGUCAACUUACUGGUGGGUCACUGCAGCCGAAUCUCACUUUAGGACGAUGUUCGUAACGGCUGGUCGUAAGCCAGAACAUGGAGAAGAUUCAGCAAACAGCUUUUUCCAGAUUAAGAAAAUUGGAGAUAAUCUUAGCGGUUACAAGAUUGCAUUUUGCCCUGAGGAUAAAGAUUGCAUCAAUGUCGGGAUAAAAGUGGACCGGUCUGGCGUUAGGCGUUUGGUUUUGAGCUCUACUCCAUUCGAAGUUGUGUUUGAGAAAGCGACAUACACUUCGUCCAAGACUAUGUCUAAUGUCUGAAAGAGAUUGAAGACUAUACUGAAUUGAGAGAGUUAUAACUUACGACUAAUAAUAUAACUCUAUAUCUGCGUUUGUUGUUUCCUUUGUUCAUCAAUCAUCAUUUAUGAAUUAAACCAUCUUUCCUUUGUUUUCUU